AUGUAUAGAGAUAAUAUUAUGAAAAUUAAUUCAGUUUCUAAAUUGUGUUAUGAACCUAUGGAUAUUGUUUAUACUUGGGUCAAUGGUUCCGAUCCAAUACACAAGAAUUUAGUGAAACGAUUUAAUGCUUUGGAAAAGGAGAAGGAAGAAAAAUCUAAUGUUGACAAUACUAAAACAAUUGAAAGUGCUGCUACCAAGACGUCUUCCAAUACUACUACUACUAGUACUACUGAUUCUAGCAAAUCCAAUCAGAAAACAACCAAUAAUUACCAUUUGAAAGGAGUAGGAAAUGCACAUGUGAAAACACAAGAAAACAAAACAAAGAAGAGAAGAAGAUUACUCUCUGUGAAAUCCACAAGCAAGAAGAAACAAGAAACUAAUAAGAAAUCAAUUCCUCAAACCAAUAAGAAUGCCAAAGUAACCAAAAAGACUAAAGCACCUGUUACAAAGAAAACCAAUUCAUCAAAAAAGACAACCAAACCACCAGUUACCAAACAACAACAUACUAAGGUUGAAAAAAAGGGUGCCACUGGAAAGAAAGCAAAAACUAACAAGGCUUUGACAAAAAAGACCACUAAGAAAUCAAAGAAGGAAAAUACUCCUAAAGUUAAAAAUGACUCAGAAAUUAUCAACAAUGGUACAACAACUAAGAAUGCUACCAAAACUGAUGAUACCAAUAGUAGUAACAGAUUUAGAGAUAAUGAUGAGUUGAGAUACAGUUUACGUAGUUUGGAACGAUUUGCUCCAUGGGUCAGAAAUGUUUAUAUUGUGACAAGUGGUCAAGUGCCAAGCUGGUUAAACGUAAAGAAUCCAAAGGUUAAAAUUGUUAAACAUGCCGAUGUUUACAGAAAUCCAAUCCAUUUACCAGUUUUCAGCUCACCUUCUAUUGAAUCUCAAAUUCAUAGAAUUCCUGGCCUUUCUAAAAAGUUUAUUUACUUGAAUGAUGAUGUCAUGUUUGGUAACGAUGUGUAUCCAGAGGAUUUUUAUAGUCACUCAACUGGACAAAAAGUAUUCCUCAGUUGGGAAGUUCCUCCAUGCCAUGAAGGAUGCCAAGAAUCUUGGUUAGGUGAUGGUUAUUGUGACGUUUCUUGCAAUGUUACUCAAUGUGAUUUUGAUGGUGGUGAUUGCGUUGGUCCAAAUGUGAGAUUCUCUUACGGAUCUUCAAGCUCUUCAUCAAGUUAUGGCAACUAUGGUGGUAACUAUAAUUAUGGUAGUAAUUCUAAUAGUUUUUGGUCAUCCACUAAUACUAAGAAUUAUUGCUCAGCCUCUUGUUCUGAUUCAUGGAUUGGUGAUCGUUUUUGUGAUAGACCAUGUAACGUUAAAGAAUGUGGUUAUGAUGCUGGAGAUUGCGAGUUUAAGGAAUUAAAGACAGAAUUGGAGCAUGUACAAUUGGAAAAUAGCAUUUCAGUUAUCUAUGUCCGUAAUAUAGAACCUUCCAUUUACUUGGAUUUGAGUAAGAUAUUCAAAGAUGCUCAAAUUACUAAUGGCAAUCACGAAAAUGAAAAGCUAGUUAGAAGUUCAACAAUUUCACAAAAGGAAAAGCUCCUCAUAUUCACUUUUAAUUAUCAAUCUCUCAAGUCCAAUGUUACCAAGUACAGUAACAAUACCAAUUUCUAUGAAGAACAUGUCCCGGUUUCUUUGGAAGCUGAGAGAGUUCUUAAUGAUACCUCCAAAACUGAUACAUUCCAAAACACUCACUCCACUACUUUUGAACAAUUGGGCACUAAAUUGACAAUUACAAAAUCUUUCAUCGUAAAGGUUGUUUCAAAUCAUACAUUCAAUUACAUUGCCAAAAAAUUUAACUUAUCAAAUGAAACAAGCAUUUUUGGUAUUCAUGAAUCACAAGAAUCAGAGUUAGCAGCUGACAAGAACUACAAUAAGGCAUUGGUGGUUUCUACCUACUUUUCUAAAACUCAGCUUAAUGCUAUUGUUGGAAAGAACAAUAGCACCAAACCUGCAGAAAAAGCCACCAAGACAACUCCUGAAACUGAUUGGUUUAAUAGUUGGAACAAUAUCAAUUCUGAUACUCAAGAAAAUGACAAGUCAGUUACAAAUACCAAGAAACAAUCUGGAUCCAAGUUAGAAACCAAGGCAACAGAAAUUGACGAUAUUUCUGAAAAUGUUAUCAAAACCAAUCCAGUCAUUACUGAAAACCAAGCUGUUCGUCCUGCAUCUAUUGACACCAAAAAAGCUCAAGUUAAAUUGGAGGAAAAGAAAACUGAACCAAUGAAGAAUACUUUGGAAACUGUCACCAAAGAAACCCCAACUAGUACACUCGACACUAUACAAGCUAAAAAGGAUACUGAAAUCAAACCUGUCACUAAAAAGAUUGAAGAUGAUUUGACUAAAAAAGUUGUUGAUAUCAAGACAGAAACCAAACAAAAAGAAAAGGCAACAGAAAUUGAUGACAUCUCUGAAAAUGUUAUCAAAACCAAUCCAGUCAUUGCAACCGAGAAGCAGCAAGUUCCUAAAACACCAGAAAAGUCUCCAACUCAAGAAGCCGACAAUUAUAAUAUCGAUAAUCUCAAUAGUGAUGAAUUGAGAUAUUUGAAAAAGUUGUUAAAAAAGAAAAACAGAAAGUUAUUGGGCAUCUCGUCUCCAUCAAAUAUUCGACCAUCAUACUCUAACAGAAUUCCUAUUGUUCAAUCUCAUCCUGAAGAAAUUGUUAAUUCCCUCCGUUUCAAUCUAGCAGAAAAGGAAAAGAAUCAAGAAAAAUAUGAAAAUAUCAAAAAGAGAAUUGAAAGAGAAAUCAAGAGUGAAAACUAUGAUGACAGCAGUAACAGCGUCACCACAGAAAGCUCCACACCUGUUAGAAUCGGUAGAAAACUCCUCGAUAAGUUUGGAGAUAGUUUAAUUCAUGUGAAUAAGUUGUUGAAUAGAGAAUAUGGUAGGGCCUCUCGUAAGGUACCAGCUCACAUGCCUCACAUGAUUGAUAGGGACAUUAUGUUCGAACUUCAAAAGAAAUGGGAAUAUGAAUUCAAUGUCACAUCAUCCAAUAGAUUUAGAUCCUCAAGUGAUAUGCAGUAUACAUUUACCUAUUUCUACUAUUUAAUGCAUGAAGGUAUUCACUAUAAUGUCUCUAGAUUUUUGAGGGAACAUGUUGAUACAAACAAUGAUAAUGUUUUGGAUAAUUAUGAAAUUAGAAAUUUAGCUAACUUGAUGUAUCACAAGUACAAGAUACCUCUCUCCAAAUUAACUGAUUUACAUACCAAUAUUACAUCUAGUAUUAAUACAAUUAAUGAUGAAAUGAAAAAGGAAAGAGGAGGAUUAGAAAAACCAAAAAAGAAAACUAAGAAGGGCAAAAAGAAGACUCCAACACCAGAAAUUAGUACAUCACCUAUUAACACAACUGCAACAACAAACAGUACAAAAAAUUCAGAAGAUGAUGAAUUUGGUUCCUAUUUCUGGGCCAGUACAAAGAGUAACAAGAAGUGGAAAUCUUGGUCCUAUUUUGAAGAUUUUUCUGAAUUUAAGGAGUAUCAUCAAACAGUAAGAAAUAUCCUGUAUGGCCAUCUCAAUUAUACAAGGCUUGUAUUGUCACGAUAUCAAGCAAUGGAUGACUCUGCAUUCAGAACUAAACCAAUUCUUGAAGAUUUUGUUAAUAGUGGCCUAAGCGAUAUUGUUAAAACAAAGGCACACAAGAGCGAACAACGUUUUCCAUUUACAUUGGAAGAUUUAUCUCAAGUAGGAUUCCACAUGAUUAGAGAUGAUGAAGAUAAAGUUGGAGAUCAAUUGGACGAAUUGAGAAGAAACAGACCUAAAUUCAUUUGUUUGAAUGAUGAUAUGAAUCAAACCAAACCAAAUGAACAGGUUGUUGAAAUGUUACACAACUUUUACAAUUGGUACUUCCCAAAUAGAUCCCAAUUUGAAUUACAAGACAGUGAAGAAAAUCCAUUCCUCUAUAUUGAUGAAUUGAUGGAGCACUACAAUAAUGUUCGAUAUAAUCGUUAUGUUUAUGACGCUAUUAUUGUCGGUGUGAUUUGCUUUAUUUGUUGCUGUUGUUUAAUUGUAAGAAAAUUGUUCAAAUCAAAGGGUGGAAAUAAGAGUGGCAGAAACUUUAAAAAUCAAACAAAUAUGGGUACUAGUUUCACAGAUGAAAAGGAUCAAACAAGCAUUGGUCAACCGAUUACAGCAGGUACCUCUAGCUCAGUUGGAAUUGGACAAACCUUAACCCACCACAGAACAGUCAAUGAUAAACCAGAAAUUGUUUAAAAAUGUACAAUUGAUUUAUUUAAUUAAAUUUAAUUGGAAUGAAUAACAAGCCAAAUAAAAUACAAAUCACAACAAUCAGAGUUACAAUGAUAAUAAUUUUCCACUUAUCAGAGGUAUUAUUUAACAUGUUGCUCAAUCUCUUAUUCGUUCUUUCCAAUAAUCCUUUUGUUUUAUCGACAUGUUGCUCCAUAUCCUCCAACUCUCUGUGUUGUUCAUCGAGUUCAUCACCCAUAUCUUGAGCGAUUUGCCCAACACGUUGAACAGUAGUUGCCAUCUUAUCCAAUUGUUGGUCUUGAUUUUUCUUGACUUGAUCCUGAACUUGUAAUUGUUGGUCGAUAAAUUUUUGAUUAUCUUGAAUGUAUGAUUCUUCCAAUCUAGAAUAUUUUGAUGAACCUUUUCCUGUUGGUUUUGGUUGUAUUGGUUGUUCAUCCUCGUCGUUUGUCAGCAAGGUUUCUUUUUUCUGUUGUUGCUGUUUUUGUUUUCUAGUUUUAAUUUGUUGUUCUAUUUGUCUCAUUUGUUGUGAUGUUGUCGAAAUAAAUAAUUUACGUUUUCCGAUUUCUUCCUUUGAAAUGUUUUUAAAACGUUGCGGAUUCUUCUCUACAAUAUCAAUUGUUGAUUGCAGAUCCCCCAAAAAUAAAUCAACCGAUUUAAUAUUACUUUGUAAUUCGGUUUCUAUUCCUCUCCAUUGUUCUUGACUUGUUGGAUCAAUAUACAUCUCCUGUAAAACUUUGAUGGAGGCCAGCUUUUCUCUGACCUUGUCUUUCACCAGGUCGAACGGAUCAGCAGAG